UCCAGCUGGUCCUCAGUGGCUCUUUGCAGGUGAAUUUGUCUUGUUUUAACGGGAGACGCUCACCUCCUGUACUCUUCCUGCUGUUUAAGCCCAGCAUAGUGGAACUCUCUUGAUUCAGAGGUCAGCAGGUGGACAUGAGGACACCGGGUCUCGCCGGGUUGACCGUGCUGCUGAGGCUGUGUGUCAUUGUCGUCGUCCUGCUCACCUCAGGGUCGAUUGGGUUAGUCUGUUACACGGCAGUGGAAUCAUUGGACUUAAGUUGCCUCCUGCGGUGGGAUUGUCCCUAUGCCAGCCCUAAUUCCACCUACACCGUGCAGACAAAGACACAGGGGGACCCCUGGCAGGACGUACCGUGGUGCGUUUGGAUCUCCUCCCACAGCUGCGAUGUCUCUCAGAUCUUUUCCAACUUUGAGCUGUACAACAUGAUCCGUCUCGGCGUCCACCUCACUCCUACCUCCACCGUGUGGAUGGAGCCGCGCAAGUUCGACUACAGUGACUUCACCUUCAGCCCGCCAUCUGUCUCAGUCUCUCUCAAAGAAGAGCAGCUGUUGGUGAAAGUGCAGUUCCCCUGUACUCCCAACAGGAGGUGCUCUCGGGAGAGAUGCUGUCCCAUCUCCCGACUCAUUGACCCCUGGACCACAGUGACCGUGUACAGCGAACUCAGUCCCUCUGAAUACCAGAGUCGAACAGUUUGGACCCAGGAAGUGAUGUCCCAUGUGGAGUUUUCUGGUUUGUCUCUGGGUCACAACUACUGUGUCGUGGCCAACUUCUCCUUCCCAACAUUCUCCAUGGCAGCUUCCCCAAAAUCUGCCCCUCAGUGUGUCGAAGUGGUUUCCCAAUCAGGUGAAACUGAGCUGAUGCCUGUGCUGUGUCUGGGAAUCGCUUUGACUCUACUGCUUAUUUUCCCACUUCUCACUGUGUUUUUGCGAAAACCACAACCGGCUGCAACAACCCCAGAAAAUCAAUCCAAGACUCCGGUUCAUGAUCUAGUCUCUUUGGUUCCUCUGUCCCUGGUCCCAGCCGACCCGUGUGACGUCCACUUGGAACUGGCCGACGACCAAAUGUCCAUCGUGUCCUCCUCUAAUCUCCCUUCCGCCGAGGACCUGACCUCUGCCUUGGGAAACGCAGUCUCCAGGGUUCCUCUCUCUCAUGACCCCAGCUCAUUGGCAGCAUAUUGGGACAGUGGAGGAAUAGAGCUGGAGUUAGGCCUCGACUCUGGCAUCAGCAUCCCACGCUUGUCUCACUGAUUUGAGGAGACAUGCGGGACAAAUGAAGACUGAGACAUUUUUAGUGUUUUCUCUGUAAAACUAUGUAUCACGGGUAUGUAAGGCUACGGCUUGCCUUGAGCUCCAUGAGCAUAAACAGAAAGAACCAACCUACCAAGAUCAUAAAAUCACCAGAAAUCAGGUUUUAGAUUUGACUCUUACAAAGAAUCCAAGUGAACAGUCCAUUGCUGAACCAAUAGAAAUCAAAUGUCUUUGCCUCUAAACCUUCAUGCCAGCACUGAUGAGAAGUCCUUAAAGACAAUCUACAUCUGCUGAUGAAGACCUUGUGAUAUGACUGAAAGCUCCAGAACUAAAUGGAUCCUCCAACAUCAAGAAGGACAAUCAUAAAUUGAAGGUCCAGUUAUUGUCUUUUCUUCAGAUUUUAGCAAUUUUUUUUUAGCUAUUUGUUUCUCGACUUUCUUGGUUUUCAAUGACUAAACUGAGAUUUUCAGGCUUGAAUGUUUGAUUGUACUGUUGCAACUUUAAACAAAUAAAAUUUCCAGAAGGUUACAGUGCAAGCUCAUGUUGUGGCUUCAAAAUGUUCAAAAUGGCUGCCAUUUCAAACCAAGCGGCUCAACCCCCGCAGUAGUGCAAAAAACUGCAGUUCAUCAAGUGGCCACUUGAGGCUGGCUCCAAAAGGGAGCAAAUCCCCCUUGACCCCCCAUGUUAAAAAGCCCGACUAUACAGCAUAAUCACACAUGUUUAAAGUCUAGUACCAAAAAU